UUAUAUAAAGAUUGUAGAGUAUCAUGUGAAUUAAGAAGAAAGAAAGUGGUCAUAACUCUAUCAAACUAUUCUAUAUAUUAUAUUAUAUCAUGUUCGGAAUCUCAAUAAGAAAUCUUCCUAAAUUAUUACUGGUAAUCAUAUUAUUUAUUAGUAUUGUUCUUCUUGGAUUUCUCUUAAUUGGAUGCUUGGAUACUACUAGUCAAUAUCUGAAAGUAUAUUUAGCUCAAUUCCAAUUUAAUCAAACAUCUAUUGAUAAUUUAUCUUCAACUAAUGUUACAACUCCUAUUGAAUCAUUAUCUAUAAAGAUUAAUUAUUUAGGAGUAUGUUUUGAUAUGAGUAAUAAUAUUACUUGUUCUACAUUUACCAAAAUGGCCAAUAUGACAGAAAUAAAUGGUAUACCAUUAAAUUCUUCUCCUAAUAAUCAACCAAAUAUUGUAACAAUUGCUAAAACAUUUAGUAAUAUAUGUCAUCCUCGAAUUUUAAUUGCUACAUUAUUACUUAAUUUAAUACUUUUAUUAACAAUAUGUUAUAGUCAUCUUCCUAUUGAACCAGGAAAAUUAUAUGUUAAGAAAUUUAAUUGUAUUAUGUCAUUGAUUAUAAGUUUAUUAUGGGGAUUAGGAGCUAUGCUUCAACAAGAAGCGGUUGAUGUUACUACACAAAUGGUUAGAGAAGCAUCUAUGUAUUAUCUUAGUGUUCUGGCCGGAACUCGAGCACAAGCCAUGACAUGGACUAUUUUUGCCUUUAGUUUAAUAGUUACUAUAGGUUCGAUAUUUGCAUGUUUCAAAUAUGAAACAAGGCUGCAACUGCAACUGCAACCGCAACCGCAACCGCAACAAUUACCAUAUUUGGCAAAAGUUUAGCGCAAAGUACACUAUGUAGAUGAAUAAAUAAAUAAGUAAAUAAGUAAAUAAGUGAG